AUGCACCAACACCAGUAGGAGGAGAAACCCGGUACGGCGCCAGGGAGAAACCCAGCAGCAUCACCACCGACCUCUCAUCCUCCUCGCGGCUCACAGAAACCUCAAAACCCAACCAGGUCGGCCUCCACAGAAAGUGAGGAGAGGAGAGGAAAAAGAAAACCCCCGAAACAGAGGAGAGAGCAUGGAGCUCUGCGUCUCCACCGCCGCUUCCGCCCGCGCCACCACCGCACCCUUCGCGCCCCUCCGCAGCGGCGCGUGCCCCGUCACCGCCGUCCAGCUCCGCCGGCGCCUCCAAGCUCCAGGCUGGCGCUGCGCCAGUGCGGCUGUGCCUGACCCGGUGCCGUCCGAAGAGCCCGCCUCCGCCUCGUCCACCGUCGUCGUCACGGACAAGCCCGAUUCGCCUGCCGACGAGAAGGUUGAGGAGGUUGGCGCCGCGUCCAGUGGCUCCGCAGAGGCGCCUGUUGCAGAGCUGGUGUCGUCGGAGGCGUCGCCGUCCCCAGAUGAUGUCAACCUGGAUGACAUACUGAGCAAGUUGAACAUUGAAGUAACUCCCACUUUAAUCCUCACUGGAGCUGGUGCCUUUGUCGCUUUAUGGGUUCUAUCUUCCGUUGUUUCUGCAAUUGAUUCAGUUCCCCUGCUUCCAAAAGUUCUGGAACUAGUAGGAACUGGCUACACAAUAUGGUUCACUACACGGUAUCUCAUUUACAAGGAAAGCAGAGACAGCUUGUUUGGGAAGAUCGAAGAUCUCAAACAGAGGAUUAUUUGAGCUGUCAAUGAAUGAUCUUUGGGCACACAUUUAGGCUUUACAACCAGCUUAUCAUUAGGUUUUUACUUUCCUUUUCAAAUAUUACUGAAAGGGUAAAGAAGGUCGUGUAUCUAAAGUUAUGUUUCUCCUCUUGGGGCAUUGGUCAGACUUCUGAAGCUUAGCUGUGUGCUUGUUAAGUCUUUGUUGUUUUUACUUGAUCCCAUGUGUAUACUGUGAGUAAAGUCUAAAAAAAUCACUCAUGCAAGUUUUAAAGUC